CCCCCGCUCCGUGUAGUUUGUCUGUCGGCCCUGCGGUCUCACUUGCUCCUCAGAGCAGCUUUUAGCUAGACCAAAGUGGGAUGAAAACGGUCCGGAUUUAGCUACAUAUUUGAAUAUUUACCAACACAGGUCCGUCUUUGAAGCGACAAAGCGAGGGGAACCAGCAGCAGUAUGGGAGUUUACGAGGAAAAAAAACAAACAUGUGGAACCAUCUGCCUGAAGUACCUCCUGUUUACCUUCAACUUUUUUUUUUGGUUGGCAGGGGUUGUUGUGAUGGGGGUGGGCCUUUGGACCUUGCUGGUGAAGAGUGACUACAUUAGCCUUCUCCACUCCAACACCUAUGCCGCAUCUGCCUGCAUACUGGUCCUCGCCGGAAUCAUCGUCAUGGUAACGGGCGUGCUCGGCUGCUGUGCCACUUUCAAGGAACAGAGAAGGCUUCUUCGAGUGUACUUUGUUCUGCUGCUGUGCAUCUUUUUGCUGGAGAUCAUUGCUGGUGUUCUGGCCUACAUCUAUUACCAGCAGUUAAAUGAGGAGCUGAAGCAGAACCUGAAGAAGACUUUGAUCCAGAAGUAUAACUCCACCUCCAAUGACCACAUCAGCAGCGCUGUGGACAAGCUGCAGCAGGAGUUCAAAUGUUGUGGGAGCAACAACUCGUCUGACUGGAAAGAGAACAGAUGGAUUAUGGACACGGGCAGGAAGGUGCCAGACAGCUGCUGCAAGACUCGCACUGAAAAGUGCGGCGUAAGAGAUCACCCCUCCAACAUCUACAAGGUGGAGGGCGGCUGCAUCACCAAACUGGAGAAAUUCAUCCAGGACCAUCUGAAGAUCAUUGGAGCUGUGGGGAUCGGGAUCGCCUGUGUGCAGAUCGUUGGAAUGGUGUUUACUUGCUGCCUAUAUCGAAGUUUAAAGGAAGGGCCGUAUUAAAAGAAGCAGACGAGGGAAAGAAUGAGUGUGCAUCACUGCAGAGCAUACUCAAACAGCAGAUAUGUGCUUUUUUUAUAUUGUUCUUUUACAACACAGCAAAGGGGAUAAUUGGACAUCUGAGGAUAUGAUUAUGCUAAACAAAACGUAAAAAAAAACUGCACGUUUUUUGGCUCUCAGAUUGCAGUCUCAGUAACAUCUUCAGCAUCUCAAUGUGCAGAGGAACUAAGGGAAUUAAAAUACAGAUCGUGUGAAUUAGCAUAAAACAACCUCAUUUGGACUAAAACAUCAUCGCUCCCUUCCACUCCAAUUCCCACAAUGUACAUUUAAUAUGCAUAGACCAGCUGGUAGAGUGGCAUAGACAUUAGUGUAUUAGUUCUGGUCUGAAUUUAGUUUUUCACCUUACUGCCGUGGCUCUGUUUUUGUUUGAUAAACAUGUCAUUUUCACCUGGGAUUCCUCCCAGUUUUCCUGUCUGCAUCGUCAUAGCGACAAGAUGUCUUUGUUUAAACCUCGUUUCACACAACAAUGCAGCGUAGUUAUGUAAAGGCUGAUGCUAAUGAAGGGACUUUAUGGCGUUAUCGCUGAGGUGUGAGAGUGUUAUGAACAUUUCUGACAAAGUGCCUUGUUUUCUUGUUUUAGUGCUUCUUUUAUAUGUAAAAUAUUUGAGUCGAAAACACUAAAAGUCCUGCUGUAAAUCUGUAUCAAUGGUACUUGUGGGCAAUUUUUCAUUUUUUUUUUACUUUUUUUAUUGUAUUUUCAUGUUUUAAAAUGAUCUUUUUCUUGGUGCCUCAAAGCCAGCUCUAACUGACUGCUGUAUUUCUACGAUUGUGCUUUAUUUGGAAUAAAUUUAAUCCACUGCU